AAAAUAUAUAUAUGGUUUUCUAAAAAUAUGCAAAUACGCCUUCUCAUCGCAGUGUGUUUUGUAUUAUUUUGGAGCGAAGAAGUUUAUGCCGAACCAGACAAUGACGUCAAACGAGGCGCUUUUCCUUUUAUGGCAUUCGUCUAUUACCCUGACGAGACCGUGGUCGAUACAACAGGCGCUCGGUUUAUCCGUGCCGCAUCACUGAUUAAGCCAGAAUGGCUUAUCAGUUCUGCUAUCGAUCAUAGUGAGCUGGACGGCAUUCCACUCGGCUUCCCUAGGAAAACCUUGUUGGCCAGACUCGGAGCUAUUAGUAUCGAUGCCAAUUUCACACUGAACGAAGACGAAGAUGAACAAGAACGAGAGGUUAUCCAAAUAGCCCGGCCCAAACAACAUACUGUGGAGGUCUGGUGGACCAGUGACAUCACUCUUCUGAAAGUCCUUCUGCCGUUCAAAAUGACUUCAGCAGUUUCCACUACAAACAUCAAUCCGAAGCGAAGUGCCGCCGAUAAGAAUUGUAUAAUUCUCGUAUAUGCGAAAAAGUACGGAAAUAACACAUAUUACAAAAUGCUAGUUCAAUUCCCUGUAGAGCUACUGCCACCUUCGAUAGAUAAUUGUGGUAACCAGUUCAAUGAUGCCUCCAUGGCCUGCGGCAUUGACAACGAUGAGAACAAAGUCGGCCUUUAUGAACCCGAGUUUUGUAUGGGCAACAGUGGGGGUCCUUUGAUAUGCGAAGGAGAAAUAUUAGGUAUACAGACAUACAUAGAAAAUAGCUGCAAGCAACCACAUCUCUAUACCUUGCUUUCUGCAUGGAACCAGUUCAUCAAUUGUGGCACUCACGAGCAAUGUGGCACUGAUGAAAUCAACUGCAAUAUUUGUUCGGUGACUUACAAGGAUACCGUUACUUCAAGUGUCACCCAACCAACAUCGUCGUCUGAAUCUAGCUCGGAAGUCCAAUACACAGGAAACUCGCCUACUUCUUCGCCGCGAAUUGAGCCGGAACCGAUAGAAACCACUGAACACACAACUUUGGUAACUUUGGGGCCAACAGAGACAACAGACACGGUUACUGAAGAAAGUGAAGGUACAUCCACAAUGACUGUAGUGUCUGAAAUAGAACGUACAGUAACACCUUCGACAACUGUUACGUCAUCGGUGAUUACAACUACUGAGUCUCCUAUGAUUGUUUACAUGGCCACGACAAAUGCGACCACUUUUCCUAAUAUUACUAUUGAGACCGUGGUUACCAGAACUACAGCUGAGAUGACAACCACAACGGCAAGUACUACUGAAUUUAGAAAGCAUUGGCCCAGCGAAAAGUCUCCUAGCAGCAAUAUUAAGAAACUUAACGAACCUGAGGAAAUAAAGCGGCAACCUAAAGCGGAAGCCCAGCAGCAAAACGAAGUUAAGAACACUAGGGUUGGAAUGCAGCCGAAACAAGCGUUUAACGCCGCUGUACAAAAUAACCUCAAUUUGGUUAGGAUCUUCUUUGCUUUCCUUAUUUUUGCAUGUAAUGUUUGAUUUUUCUUUAAAUAACAUGUUCAGUGUUAAUUUGAGUUUGUGAAAAAUUUUGUGCAUGUUGUCUUAGCUAAUAAAAUUAUUUUAUUUGGAUUUUUUUAAGAGUCGCAUAACAUCUGUAUGUACCCAACCUACCUGUGU